CGGGGCUAAAAUCGUGCAGUCUGAACUCGGCUUUACUUGCUCACAGCAGAGUGUUGUGUAUGUAUUGGCAGUAGCAAGUAGCAGACAUCAAACACUGAACCAGACUAGAUCCAAAAAGCAACAGUAUGAACACAAAGAGGUCUGAGACCACAUUCCUACUUAAGUGGACCAAAAAGGAUCUGAGUCCUCUUUCAGGGACAGGGACAGUGUGAAUGUAAAGACAACUGGGUCCUUUUUCACUUGGUUCAUGUCUUGGUCCACUUAAAGGAGUAUGAAUUUGUUUUGUUUUUUAAUGAGGACUCAAAUGUAAAAAAAACACCCUAAUUACACAGUGUCAAAUGAUCUAAUCACAUAUUUCCGGUCUUUACUGCAGCCAAACACAACAUGACAAGAUGCAACCCCACUCUUAACAAGUUAUGCUUUUGCAGUCGAAAAGUCAAGUUUGCAUACACCCACCUUGCAAGCGGUGACACCUACAUUAAAGAUAGCAUCAAAACACUUUGGUCAUUAUGAUCAAGAGGAAAUGUACUUUAAAUUUGUAAGUCUUCCCUUGGCAUAUAUAAUGCCUUGCAGAAGUCUAAACAAUUACUGUAGCCAUCAAGAUAUCCAGGCUUCUCUCUGAUGGACUCAAAGAUGAACAGCACGGAGAUCUCUUUAUGGAAUGCCACCAGCAGCUAUUGUCCCAUAAAGCCUCAGCACAUCAUCAUCUCUGUGCUCAUUUGUCUGACCUUCUUGGUGGGACUCCUGCUCAAUGUCUUCAGUCUGUGGGUGUUCACAUGCAGGACACCAGUGUGGACGUCCAGCACAGUUCUUCAGUUUCAUCUAGCUGUCAGUGAUGUCAUAAUAUGUCCUAUGGGACCAUUUAUGGCAGUAUAUUAUCAUUCUGCUAACUGGAUUUUUGGAAAAGCUCUCUGUCAGCUUAAAGUAGCUUUAAUAACCUUUCACAUUUACAGCAGUAUUCUGUUUCUCUCUCUAAUUAGCAUUCACCGCUAUGUGGCUGUGGUGCGCUACAAUCGAGACUCUUGUAUGAAUCGCAAGGACUUUGUCCAGAAACUCUGUGUUGGAGUUUGGCUUUUUGUAUUGAUUAUGGGAACUGCAUUCGCCGCUAUUGUAGACACGAGCACAGAGAACAAUCACACUUUAUGCCUCAGCAUUCACCAAGGACAAUAUAUUGACCUCUAUUUAAUUGUAAACUUCACUUUCCUCGUUCCUGUAUUACUUCUAGCAUUCAUUGUUUCUGCAAUCUGCUACUGUCUUCUGGUGCGCUCGAUGUCCCUUCUCGACACUAGCCAUGACAAUGGACAAGCUAUUAAGAACAAAUCACAUAAAAUGGUGGCUGUCUGUUUGGUAACAUUUGUUGCUUAUUUCAUGCCUAUGAAUGUGGUGCGCAGUGUGGGUAUUGUGGUCAAGAAAUUCUUCCCCCACAAAUGCAGCCUACUUUUAGAAAUUGAAACUGCAUAUUAUGUGUCAUGGAUUGUGGCUGGUGCCAACUGCUGUCUAGAUCCAAUUAUAUAUUGUUUCAGUUCUAAGAAAUUCAUGAGAAAUGUUCAUAUCUCUCUUAGUAAAAUAGGUGUGAGGUGUGAAACAGGGCAUGAUGAAUCUUUAUAAGACUGACCUCAUGUUAGCUAGAUGUUAGCUACUCUUUGACUGAUUACAUUAUGUAUGUAUUAUAAUAUGACAAACAUUGAUUAUAUUAUGUAUAUAUAUAUAUAUGAUAUUAAUAUGCAUUAUGUGUGCAUUUUGUUUUGAAAAUUCAUAUUCAUUUUAUCAAAUUUUAUAAAAUUUCAUCAAAUUGUAAUAUACAGUGGCAUAUGUGAACCCCUUGCAGAAUCUGUGAAAAUGAGAAUUAUUUUAAUAAAA